AUGUCUACUGUUCCAACAAAAAAACAACCGUUCAAAGUAGCUGAUUUAAGUUUAGCUGAAUGGGGUCGAAAAGAAAUCACAUUAGCCGAAUAUGAAAUGCCCGGUUUAAUGCAAUUACGUCAUACAUAUGGUUCAACACAACCAUUAAAAGGUGCACGUAUUGCUGGGUGUCUUCAUAUGACUGUUCAAACAGCUGUACUCAUUGAAACAUUAAUUGCAUUAGGAGCUGAAGUUCAAUGGAGUAGUUGUAAUAUUUUUUCAACACAAGAUCAUGCUGCAGCUGCUAUUGCUAAAACUGGUAUACCUGUUUAUGCUUGGAAAGGUGAAACUGAUGAAGAAUAUAUUUGGUGUAUUGAACAAACAAUUUAUUUUGGUGAUGAUAAUAAACCAUUAAAUAUGAUUUUGGAUGAUGGUGGUGAUUUAACUGGUAUUGUUCAUGAUAAAUAUCCUGAAUUAACAUCUGGUAUUUAUGGUAUAAGUGAAGAAACAACAACAGGUGUACAUGGACUUUAUAAAAUGCUUAAACAAGGAAAACUUACAAUACCAGCUAUUAAUGUUAAUGAUUCAGUAACAAAAUCAAAAUUUGAUAAUUUAUAUGGUUGUCGUGAAUCACUUAUUGAUGGAAUAAAACGUGCAACGGAUAUAAUGAUUGCUGGUAAAGUUGCUGUUGUUGCUGGUUAUGGUGAUGUUGGUAAAGGUAGUGCACGAGCUUUACGAAAUUUUGGUGCUCGUGUUCUUAUUACAGAAAUUGAUCCUAUUAAUGCUUUACAAGCAGCUAUGGAAGGUUAUGAAGUAACUACAAUGGAAGAAGCAUCCAAAAUAGGACGUAUUUUUGUCACAGCAACUGGAUGUCGAGAUAUUAUUUUAUCUCAACAUAUGCUUCAAAUGCCUGAUAAUGCUAUUAUUUGUAAUAUUGGUCAUUUUGAUAUUGAAAUUGAUGUUGCUUGGUUAAAUAAAAAUGCAGUUUCGAAAGAAAUAAUCAAACCACAAGUUGAUCGAUAUCAAUUACCAAAUGGACGUUCAAUUAUUUUACUUGCCGAAGGUCGACUUGUUAAUCUUGGUUGUGCUCAUGGUCAUCCAAGUUUUGUUAUGAGUAAUUCAUUUUCAAAUCAAGUCUUAGCACAAAUUGAAUUAUUUACUAAAAAAGGUCAUUAUGCUAUCGGUGUUUAUGUAUUACCUAAGAAGCUCGAUGAAGAAGUUGCCGCUGCUCAUCUUCAUCAUUUAGGUGUUCGUUUAAGUAAAAUGACUACUGAACAAGCAAAUUAUUUGGAUUUAAAUGCAUCUGGUCCAUUUAAACCCGAACAUUAUCGUUAUUAA